AUGGAUUUAGAAUGUCUAUUGUUCAGAGUACAUAAAUCAUUGUUAACAUUUUCUAAAACUAAGCAAAUCGUUAACAUUUUAUUUAAGGCAACAUCAAUUUCAAUUUUUUUCUAUUUGAUUUAUUUCGUUGUGCUCAAUUUAAUUUAAAUAUCAAAAUAAUCAUGCACAAAUAACAUUGGUAUUUUAUUCUCCUUUAAAUAGAAUUUAUGAAUCAAACCUAAUUCAAAAAUGAAACCUUAUUUAAAAUAUUUAUUUAUGAUAAAGAUGAAAUUUACCAAACUUACAAAUACUCAAAAUAAUCAGCUAUCUAUAGUUUACCUGAAGAAAUUCUUAAAAAACAUAAUAUAUCUAUUGAAGAGUAUAAAAUAGACAAGAAAUGCUAUGCUCAAAAUUGGGUUGAAGAUUUAAUCUUAACUCAAUCAAAUAUAGAAAUUCUAUUUUUAAAUGACUUAAUUUAAAAGUUAAGGAAUGUGAAUGAAACACAUUAUUUAUUAGAAAUAGAAAACAAUAAAGUUUUAAUUUGGAUGAAUAAAUUAGAUCUUGAAGAAGAAAAUAAUCCAAUUUCAGAAAAAUUCUUAAAAACAUUUGCUUUUAUAAUAAAAUGCACAAUCUAUUUAUUUUGUUAAACAUGCAUAGCUAGUUUAAUUAUUAAAAUUCUUUAAUUUGGAAUUCCUAUUUUAUUAAAUGCAGGAUGGUAUAGAUUAUAUCAAAGAAUAUUGAUAAAUAAUAAUAAAUAGUCUCAUAUGUUAAAAAUAAGCUAUCUAUUGUUAUUUUUUGUAUUUUUUUAGGUAUAUUAAUCUAGAACACUCUUAACUUAUAUCUAUUAUAAUUAAGCCACAAUCCAAUCAUAGAAAAAUCUUUUAUUGUAAGAAAACAUUAUUAAUAUAGAUUAAUUUUAUUUAAUGAAAUAAUGAGUAAUUUCUUUUUUAGAACUAGAUCUACUUUACUAUUUGCCCCUAAAUAUUUAGUUUCUUAUUAUAUACUAUUUUUCAUAUAUAUGGAAGGCACAAGUAAUCAUAAUUCUAAAUUAUUAUAGAUUUUGCAUUUUAUUAUCAUUUUGUAAAUAUUUUAUGGCUUCUUAGUAUUGCUACUGUACUUGCUUUCUUACAUUUCUAUGAAAUACCAGCUAUACAAGAAUGGAAUGAAGCUUCAUUCUAUACUCCUAAAAUAACUAGACCAAGAACCCUUUAUUUUCCACUUACUCAAUUAGAAUGGAAGGUUGAUAUACCUUAAAUAUGGACUAUGUUUUAUCCUUUACAUGGUAGAUAAUAUUUCAAUGUUGAAAAUUUGUCAUUAGUUGACGACAAUUAAGAUCUAUUAAAUAACUAUUUAUAAUAGAAUGCUGCUAAUUAGUGA